AUGAUUGAGGAAUUAAUUAGUAGAGGACAGCAGGUUGAUGCAGUCCAUUUUACCUUUGAGGUUGGGCUUGUGGAUAAGUUUCCUCCUGUGCCACUACUGAAGGCUUUUCUGAAGGAUGCAAAAAAGGCUGCAGCUUCUAUCUUGGAGGAUCCUAACAAUUCUGGCCGAGCUUUGCAUCUAGCUGCACGCAAGGAGCAGUCAGCACUUCGGGCUGUGAUCAAGUGCAUUGAAGAAUACAAACUUGAGGGUGAGUUCCCUUCAGAUGAUCUCAAGAAGCGCCUUGAACAAUUAGAGAAGGCAAAGAGCGAGAAGAAAAGGACAUCCCCUGUUGUCCCUGCCAAUAAACGAACACGAGCAAGCAAUGGCGGUCCAAUGCCACCUGCCAAGGCUGGCCGAUCCACUAAUGCAUCCUAUGCCGGAGUCCCACCAUACCCUGCUGCCCCAGCGAUGUAUGGAAGCAGGAGCCCUCCAUAUGCUUACUCACCUGAAUCAGCCCCUCCUCUUGCCGGGUCAUAUCCAGUGAACUAUUCCCCAUAUGGUGGCUAUGGCAAUGGUGUUACACCAGGUUAUCAGCACGCCUAUUACCGCUAG